GCCAUGCCGCUCGCUCAAAGACUGCAUCGGAGUUUCAACGGUUGGUCCUGGAGUGGGUCACACAGUCAGCCCGGCCAUUGCGUCUGCUCGAAAUUGCCACGAUGAUCGACUUUUUAACCCGAUCGCGGGGGUCUUGGAGCAAACCGAAACGCCGAAAUGGCCGUAAGGACCGCUUGUGGCCCCCUUUUAGAACUCUGCGAGGACGGUGUCGUUCAGAUUAUCCAUAAUUCCUUGACCGGGGCAGAUCUCGAGGCCAAGUCUAACCGAGGGCGUACAGCUCUGCAUUAUGCGGCAGAAGCAGGGCAAUCCGCCGCUCUCGGACUUCUGAUCGAUGCUUACCGGAGCCAGUCGUUGCCAAUAGAUGGUCAAACUGUUCGUGGUCGAACAGCCUUACAUGAAGCUGCCAAAUCGGAUAGGUAUGAGUCCGUCAAGCUUCUAGUUGAUGCUGGUUCACGUCCGGAUAUCUGCGAUUGGCGAGGUAGAACUCCGCUGCAUACCGCGGCUGAAUUCGAAGCCAUUUGUCGCUCGCAAAAGAACGAGAGCAACGAUGAUUGGACGGUUCGGCUGAAUUCGAAGCAAUCUAUCGCUGGCAAAAGAGCGAGAGCAUGAGGUUGUCGGAAGGCAUGACCAAGGCCCAUCAGGAAUUGGGAUACAUUAUCAAGGAUGAGGAUGGUAACUAUUCGAUCAGGG